AAAAAAAAAAAAUACAGCUUCGUUGUCACUUGUCACUCUAUAAAUCGCUUCUCCCCAUUGACAACCUUUCACUUCCAUCAAAACUCUCUCUCACUAUCUCUCUCUGUUCACUCAUCACUCUCUCUCUCUCUCUUAAAAAAUGGAAAAAGCCAUGGUUUCAACAUGGAGACCCGACCCGGUUUACCGUCCACCGGAGACACCACUCGAGCCUAUGGAGUUCUUAGCUCGGUCAUGGAGCGUCUCUGCUCUCGAAGUCUCCAAGGCUUUAACACCACCAAAUCCUCAGAUUCUCCUCUCCAAAACCGAAGAAGAAGAUGAAGAACACAUCUCCGCCGCAGACGUCGACGGCGGCGAGACAGAAGACACCAGACUUGUCUCCGGGAACCCUUUCUCCUUCGCUUGUUCUGAAACUUCUCAAAUGGUCAUGGAUCGUAUCUUGUCUCACUCUCAAGAAGUGUCACCAAGAACAUCUGGUCGGCUAUCACACAGUAGUGGUCCACUCAACGGUUCAUUGACCGACAGUCCUCCUGUGUCUCCUCCCGAAUCCGACGACAUUAAGCAAUUUUGCAGGGCAAAUAACAAUGCACUGAACAAUAUAAACUCUCAGUUCCGUUCAACGGCGACUACUCCGGGACCUAUAACGGCUACGGCGACGCAGUCCAAGACGGUGGGACGUUGGCUUAAGGACCGGAGGGAGAAGAAGAAAGAGGAGACUCGGGCUCACAACGCUCAGAUUCAUGCUGCUGUCUCUGUUGCUGGCGUGGCUGCUGCUGUUGCGGCUAUUGCAGCAGCCACUGCUGCUUCUUCUAGCUGCGGCAAGGAUGAGCAGAUGGCUAAAACUGACAUGGCGGUUGCUUCUGCUGCUACCCUUGUGGCUGCUCAGUGUGUGGAGGCUGCUGAAGUUAUGGGAGCUGAGAGAGAGUAUUUGGCUUCUGUUGUUAGUUCCGCUGUUAAUGUUCGCUCUGCUGGAGAUAUCAUGACUCUCACUGCCGGAGCAGCUACAGCUCUAAGAGGAGUUCAAACAUUGAAGGCAAGGGCAAUGAAGGAAGUGUGGAACAUUGCAUCAGUGAUUCCAAUGGACAAAGGACUCACUUCUACUGGAGGAUGCAGCAAUAAUGUUAAUGGUAGCAAUGGAAGCUCAAGCAGUAGUCACAGUGGCGAACUUGUGCAACAGGAGAAUUUCUUGGGAACUUGCAGCCGAGAAUGGCUCGCUAGAGGUUGCGAACUCCUCAAACGCACUCGCAAAGGUGAUCUCCACUGGAAAAUAGUAUCUGUUUACAUCAACAAAAUGAAUCAGGUUAUGUUGAAGAUGAAGAGCAGGCAUGUUGGAGGAACCUUCACCAAGAAGAAAAAGAACAUUGUGCUUGAAGUAAUCAAGAAUGUCCCUGCCUGGCCUGGACGACAUUUGCUAGAAGGAGGAGAUAAUCUGAGAUACUUUGGUUUGAAGACAGUUCUGCGAGGCGAUGUGGAAUUCGAGGUCAAGAGCCAAAGGGAGUAUGAAAUGUGGACACAAGGUGUAUCAAGGCUUCUUGUUCUUGCUGCUGAGAGGAAGUUUAGGAUGUAGUGAAUAAAACCUUUCAAUGGCUGCUUGGUUUAAGUGUGGGUUUUUUUCUUUAACUUAUGGGGUCAAUCUAGGGAGGUUCUUUUAAGGUAAUGGUUUUUUGGGUUGGGUAUAGGAUGAAAUGGACCUACCAGUCAAGAUUUCAACACAAAGGGUAAGGAAAGGAUUUGGGGUAAACAAAACUUAGUGGGGGUUGGGUCAUCUGUAAUUUUUAUGUUCUUAGAUUAUUAUUAAUUUUUUGUUGUUGUUGUUUGUGUUCUUUUGUAUAAAAAAAAAACAAAGU